AUGGCUGACCACAACAGUUCUUCCUGCAGUCCUAUAUUGACACCCCAUUUAACCAGGCUCUACUUCAUAGUGCUCAUUGGAGGACUGAUGGGCAUCAUCUCUAUUUUGUUCCUGCUGGUGAAAAUGAACACGCGGUCGGUGACUACCACAGCAGUCAUUAACCUGGUGGUGGUCCACAGUGUUUUCUUGGUGACAGUGCCUUUUCGCUUGACAUAUCUCAUCAAGCACAUCUGGACAUUCGGGUUGCCCUUCUGCAAAUUUGUGAGCGCCAUGCUACACAUCCACAUGUACCUCACAUUCCUGUUCUAUGUGGUGAUCCUGGUCAUCAGGUACCUCAUCUUCUUCAAGCGCAAGGACAAAGUGGAAUUCUACAGAAAACUGCAUGCUGUGGCGGCCAGUACUGGCAUGUGGCUGCUGGUGAUUGUCAUUGUGGUACCCCUGGUUGUUUCUCAGUAUGGAAAUUCUGAGACGUAUGAUGAGAAACACUGUUUUAAAUUCCACAAAGAACUUGCUCGUGCCCAUGUGCAAGUUAUCAACUAUAUGAUAGUCACUAUUGUUAUAGCCAUUGCAGUGAUUCUCUUGGUCUUCCAGAUCUUCAUCAUUAUGUCAAUGGUGCGGAAGCUACGCCACUCCUUGUUGUCCCACCAGGAGUUCUGGGCCCAGCUGAAAAACCUUUUUUUUAUAGGAGUCAUCCUUGUUUGCUUCCUUCCCUACCAGUUCUUUAGGAUCUAUUACUUAUAUGUGGUGGCACAGUCAAGUGACUGUAACAACACUGUUGCAUUUUAUAAUGAAAUCUUCUUGAGCGUAACAGCAAUUAGCUGCUUUGAUUUGCUGCUCUUUGUUCUUGGGGGAAGCCAUUGUAAACAAAAGAUAAUUGACCUAUGGAAUUGCUUUUUGUGCCGCUAG